AGAGAGUGUGUGUGUGUCUGUAUGUGCGUGUGUGUGUGUGUGUGUGUGUGUGACAGUGUGUGUCAGGUGACUUGGGUCACGCAGUCUCUCUCUCCCUCCUCGGGGAGGAACUGCCGCGCUUAGGCUCAUUCUCCGCCGGCGGGCGGGCCGGGAAGGGGGCUCCCGGCGCUCCGGGCACCGCGCGGGGACCCGGACCUGGACACCGCCCGCCGCCGGGAACGUGAGACCCCAGCCGAGCUCCAGAGGCGAGGGGGGGAGGGGGGAAUAAUAAUAACCUCACCCCUAGUUCCGAGAUCGGGGGCCCGCUGCAGGCUCGGUGGCUCGGCCCCUCCCCGGGACCCCGGCCCGGUGGGCGCGAUGAGCCAGGUGGUGGGCAAGCCGCAGCCGGACGACGAGGACGAUGACGACGAGGAUGAGCUGGUGGGACUCUCAGACUACGGGGACGGGCCCGACUCCUCGGACGCCGAGCCGGACAGCGGGGCGGAGGAGGGAGUCCUGGACUUCAGUGACCCCUUCAGCACGGAGGUGAAGCCGAGAAUCCUGCUCAUGGGCUUGCGGAGGAGCGGCAAGUCGUCCAUCCAGAAAGUCGUCUUCCACAAGAUGUCGCCCAACGAGACCCUGUUCUUGGAGAGCACCAACAAGAUCUGCCGGGAAGACGUGUCCAACAGUUCUUUUGUGAACUUUCAGAUCUGGGACUUCCCGGGACAGAUUGACUUUUUUGACCCGACCUUUGACUAUGAGAUGAUCUUCCGGGGCACGGGAGCACUGAUAUUUGUCAUUGAUUCCCAGGACGAUUACAUGGAAGCCCUGGCCAGGCUCCACCUCACUGUGACCAGGGCCUACAAAGUGAACACCGACAUCAACUUCGAGGUGUUUAUUCAUAAAGUGGACGGUCUGUCAGACGACCACAAAAUUGAAACCCAAAGAGACAUUCACCAGAGGGCAAACGAUGACCUUGCAGAUGCUGGACUAGAGAAAAUUCACCUCAGCUUCUAUCUGACGAGCAUAUACGAUCACUCAAUAUUUGAAGCUUUUAGCAAAGUGGUUCAGAAACUGAUUCCUCAACUCCCCACCCUGGAGAAUUUGCUAAACAUCUUUAUCUCUAAUUCUGGAAUUGAAAAGGCAUUUCUAUUUGAUGUGGUCAGUAAAAUUUAUAUUGCAACUGAUAGUACCCCCGUGGAUAUGCAAACCUAUGAGCUCUGCUGUGAUAUGAUCGAUGUGGUUAUUGACAUCUCUUGUAUUUAUGGUCUCAAAGAAGAUGGAGCUGGCACCCCCUAUGACAAGGAAUCGACUGCCAUUAUCAAGCUAAAUAAUACGACAGUUCUUUAUUUGAAGGAGGUGACCAAGUUCCUGGCCCUGGUUUGCUUUGUCCGAGAGGAGAGCUUUGAAAGGAAAGGGCUAAUAGACUACAAUUUCCAUUGCUUUCGGAAGGCCAUCCAUGAAGUGUUUGAGGUGAGAAUGAAAGUGGUGAAAUCUCGGAAGGUUCAGAAUCGGCUUCAGAAGAAAAAAGGAGCCACCCCCAAUGGGACCCCACGGGUGCUGCUGUAAGUGAGAUCCAGGAGCACCAGUGGGGAUCAGACCUGCCACGGCCACAAUGCUUGGGGACACAGUCAGAAGAGCACCAACCCCGGAGCCUGGGACAUGUGACCCGGAUAUAUUGUUUAAAAAAAAAUCCCUAUAGCCCUCUUGAUCUUCCCCUUUUUUCAAUAAAGUCAGCACUUUGAAGCAAAAA